CCAUAGUCUUACAUUCAACUGCAAUUAAAAAGGAAUAUGCUACAUUUUGUCAUCCACGUGUCCUGUUUGAUUAAUCUUGACCUUGCACUUCAUCUUCAGUUCCCUCAUGCGAUGUCUCAUGAGAACCCUCCCCCACAGCACAGCUGGUAUUCACAAAAAAAAAAAAAUUCUAAACAAAACCAGUCAGUGGAUGAAAUCUGUCCAGCACAGAAGAAAAGGGCUGACAGGAAGACACUCCCUUCGACAAAUGCCACAGACUCAGUUUUCACAGUGCUUCUUUUUAGCAUUAGCAUUCCAGAAAGUGACUCUGACUCAGCAAAAACAUUUCAUGAAGAAACUGUAAUUUGAAAAGAAGAACAGAGAAAGGGAUUUUUCAGAAGUAGGUCAACAUGGUGGUAUAACACAGCUGGAACAGACUGCUGCAUGAAAGCUACUUUUGACAUCAUCAUGGAGACAAAUCAUUGUGUUUUCCACAUGUUUUUCUGCAUUUCUCUGAUCUUGACACACUGGCACAAGGGUUCAGCUUGCCAUACAGGCUCUCAGGCAGAAUGUGAGAAAGCUCCAUUUGUGCCUGGUUACAACCUGGUGGGUGAAGGCUUUGAUGUUGUCACGAUGCGCCGUAAAGGUGCCUUUUUGAUCAAUGUCAAGUCACACAUGGAUAAUGGCACUUGUACUGUCUGCAAGAACCGCUUUCAGGGAGGGCAGAUGCAGAAACUUCCCUCGGUUGUGAGGGACUGGCGUCCCUUCAGCCGCUGCAGCAAACAGCUAUCUAGUGCUCUUCAUCAUUCUGUCGACUCCCUAAUGAAGAGUUCAACAUCACUCAUCAAUAACAACUGGGAAAUGGACCUUAGCCUGGAUGACAUAGGGAAGGUAAUUUUUGGAGGGAGCCGUUCAGAUAUUGCUAAAUUUGCCCAAUCUCAGAAUGCAAUGGAUAAGGCGACAUUUGCCCUCCAUGAGCUCAGCUGCACAUAUUACAGUUACAGAGUUACAGACCACCCAGAGGUCAGCACUGAAUUCUCAAAACACCUCCAGCGACUUCCGACACAAUAUGAUGAGGAAACAAAACCCCUUUACCGAAGAACUAUAGAUACUUACGGCACUCACUACAUACGUCAAGUCCAUCUGGGAGGGCGAGUGAGGCGAGUCACGGCUUUUCGAACUUGUCUUGCAACCCUGAAGGGCUUCUCAGAGACUGAUAUCAAGAACUGCCUGAACAUUGAAUUAAAGAUGACUUUGGGAUUCCUUCCAGCUAAUGCCUCACUUUCCAACAAAUGCUCUCAAAUUCUUAAAGAUAACAUGAGCAUGGGAUUCUACCAGGGUUUCAUGACACACAAGAUAGAGGUGAUGGGAGGUGAAAAAUACUUUCCAGACCUAGUUUUAAACCAAAGCCCAGCUGAAGUAUACUCAAAUUGGAUGAUGAGCUUGCAUGACAAUCCUGAAGUCAUAUCAUAUGCAAUUUUCCCUCUCCAUCAUCUGGUGGCUGAUCCUGAGGUUAGUGCCAAUCUAAAAAGAGCAGUAACUGCUUAUAUUGAAGAGAACAUGCUUUCUGUAAAUCACAAAGAGAAUCAAGGAUGCUCACAAACACCAAAUCUGGACCACAAUUGCUGUCCUAUGCGAGCUGCCCGUGGCAAGUUAGUAGUGUUUGUGCAGAGAGCUGCAGGCCUGAAAGCAGAUCUCUUCACACGUACUGACGGUUACGUGAAAGUCUGGUACAACCUCAUGUAUGAGGAGACUGAGGUGGUUAUGGACAAUAAUGAUCCCGAAUGGAACAUCAGCUAUGAUUUUGGAUCAAUUGAGUUUGGUCAUGAACUCAUAUUUGAGGUUUGGGACAGUGAUGUCAUUUAUAAUGACAUAGUGGGGAGAUGUGUGGUCAGCCCUGAACGUGGAACUCAUUCACACAGCUGUAAAUUAAAGAGAGGCAUCCUGUAUUUCACCUACAAUGCAUCUUGUGAUGCUCAUCUAACUGGACCCAGGUGUAGUAGAUAUUCACCAAAACCAUAAGACCUUGUAUUUAUAUAGAACAAAUGAUACAAAAAGAAUAUUAAGCAUAUUUAUAAUGAAGAAUAUUUAUGCUUAUUGCUUUUAAGAUAGUUGUAUAGACAUGUAUAGAAAAAAACACAAAUAAUUUUUUUUUUUUUUUUUUGUAAUAUAUAAGUAGUAUAGUGUUCAAAUGAAACUUCAUAUUUUGAAAUCUCUUGUGGAAAAAGAAGAUGACUAUAGAGGUUUUAGAUGUUUUUUUUUCAAGACUAAUAGAUUUCAGAAGAUUAUUACUGCAUUUGUUCUACUACUACAGAAAUUAGUUUUGCUUUCAAUGGUCUAAUUCCUGUGUGUGUUUGUGGUUAUGUAUUGCAAAGUGAAAAGUAUAAGAUCUUUUCAUGUUCUGUAACAGAUAAUUCAUAAAUCAAAACUGUCUACGGGUUCAAUGAAGACGGUACACAAUGACAUUUCAAUACAUAAGACAGAAAAUUCUGUGCUGUGUUUAUCAUGCCAAGGUCACUGUUAAUUUCCCACGGAACACACAGUUAUUAAAUAUAAAAUAAUAAUAAUAAUAUAAUAAUAAUAAAUAUCUGUCAGAAAUGCAAAUGGAAAAUGGUCUUUCAUUUUGUUUAGUUGUUUUUUUCCCAGACCAAAAGCUAGACUAAGAACAUCACAGAGGCCGCACAAUAUUCUCCAAACAGGUAUCCAAAAGAAAACAGAGGUUAGACACAAAUAGCUGUAACAAAUAUUCUCAAAUCCUUGAAGAUAACAUGAGCAGGGCUUCGUGACACACAAGAUAGAGUUGUUGAGGGGUGAGAAAUACUUUCCAUACCAUUGUUUUAACCAAAGCCCAGCUAAAGCAUACUCAAACUGGAUGAUGAGCUUGCAUGUCCAUCCUGAUGUUAUAUAUGCAUUUUCCCAAUUUAUCGUCUGGAGGAGGAUCCUGAGUUUAGAUAGAAACUAGAAAAAUGAAAACUUUAGCAUUCUACCAUAGCAAACAAUACACAAACGGAUAGGACAUAAACUGAAAAAUAGAUGAUGGUUUUAAUUUCACCCAGGUGAACAAACAACACACAAAAGGAGAAGACUUCAAAUAAAAAAGGCAUGAUGAAUAGGAUUAAUGUGAUCAGAUAACAUUGAUUUAAGUUUGACCUCAAAAAUGCUAUAACGAGAGUUUGUAUGUCUUUUUGAAGGAUUGUCAACAUUACUGUGAAAUAUGAAAAGAACUUUUGUGUUUUUCUAAGUUAGACUUUAAAAUAAUUGAGAGAAAAUAAGUUUUUAAAGCUCCCCAUAUAGUUUAACAAAUGUGUGAAAACAUUGUGGAAAGAUGAA